AUGCAGUCCGAUGGUCAGGGCGGUCAGGACGAGCUCUUCAAAGAGACCAACAAGGUCUUCGACCUCGGCAAGGGCGUCAUCGAGAUGGAGGUCAACAAGGUGAACCAGGAGCUCGGUGAGAUCGGCGGCGUCUUCGUGUCCAAGCAGCCCUCCGACACCGACAUGGGCGCCAAGGCCCCGAGGACUGUGCUGCUCAAGGGCAUCUUCUACGGCAAGGUGGUGAACGCCUAG